AUGAUCAAUAACCAGCAUAAAGACCUUUAUGAAGCCAUUUACCAGAUCGUACGUCUGAUACCGGCAGGCAGGGUAACAAGUUAUGGAGCGAUCGCAGCAGCCAUCGGCAUGAAAAGCGGUGCAAGAAUGGUGGGUUAUGCCAUGAACCAUUGCGCGACGGCCAGUCCGCCCAUACCUGCCCACCGCGUGCUGAACAGUAAGGGCCUGCUUACCGGCAAACAUCAUUUCGGUACGGGUACUGAAAUGCAGACGUUGCUGGAAAAUGAAGGCAUUAUUGUAAAGCAAGACCAG